UCUUGCCUUUUUACUAGGAUUUUUGGCGCCCCAUCUCUCGUUCUCUCUCUAGGAUUCGUUUUUGUUUUGGCUAUAAUUAGUCCGAACUUUGGAAGAUCCAACUCCAAAGCCAUCUCACUGUUGUAUUCUACUCUUCUUUGGUUGGAUACAUCACUCAAGCUCAUUUUCUCCCCACUGGGUUUGAACAAUCCCUUCCGAUUUUAGGGUUUACAGCUUCGGGGGGUCAUUUCAAUCUCCCUACAAAUCUAGGGUUUUUGUCCAAAUUUGUUCUUUCUAGGUGAUUCAGUCGAUAGUCUCGACAAUGAGGUACGUCAAGGAAGAGCAUUCAAGCAGCAGCAAUGCCCAUCAAGAUAUGGACUUAGUUUCAGCAGUGAAAAGAUUGCAUGGCCUUAACUCUCAAGAGCUGACUAAGCUCAUCCGCGAAUCUGGAAAUAGUAGCAUUCAGUACUUUAGUGAGGCUGGUCUAUCCACUAUGAUUGACCUUGAUAAGCUUGCUAGGUAUCUCCCUUCACAUCUUAUGGCCAAGCUUAUGUUAUCAAAAAGAGAUGAUAAGUUGUUCAGAUACUUGUUAUGUGGGCUUCGACUGCUUCAUUCCUUAUGUGAUCUAGCACCUCGGCAUCCCAAACUUGAACAGAUACUGCUGGAUGAUCUGAAAAUAUCAGAUCAAAUUAUUGAUCUGGUCUUUUAUUUGCUUGUUGUUCUAGGAAGAUACAAUCAGGGCAACCAUGCUUCCAGUUCUAUGCCCUUAUUGCAUUCUGCUUUAGUGGCUUGCAGCCUACAUUUAUUAACUGUAUGUAUUGCUUCACAAUGGCAAGAUCUAGCUUCCAUUCUGGUCUCUCACUGUAAGGUUGACAUGUUCAUGGAUGCAGUUUUGGCGGCUCUUCGUGUAGAUAUAAAGUUUCUGCUAGUCAUGCUUUCAGCUCAUUCUACUGAUUUCUUCAUAAAAUCAAAUUCUGCUGCUGAAGGAACAUUGAACUACCUUUGUCAGCAAUGUGAGGCUUCUUUACAGUUCCUUCAUUCACUGUGUGGGCAGAAAUCAUUCCGGGAGCGCCUUGCUAAAAAUAAGGAGUUGUGUAGAGAAGGUGGUUUUCUCUUGCUGGCCCAAUCCAUUCUGAACCUAAAAAUUAAGCCAUCAUCAAGAGAGCCAUCUUCAGUUGUAGCUGCUGUAUCUAGGUUGAAAUCUAAAGUUCUGUCAAUUCUAUUGCAUCUUUGCGAGUCGGACAGUAUAUCUUAUCUGGAUGAGGUUGCUAGCUGUUCCCGUAGCAUGGACUUGGCUAAAACUGUUGCAUUUGAGGUUCUUGAAUUACUGAAGAAUUUUGUUGAUAGAGAUCCUAGACAACCCAGUUCUUGCUCUGACAAAACUUAUCCAAUGGGUCUCUUGCUACUAAAUGCAUUGCGCCUGGCAGAUAUUCUUUCAGACGAUUCAAACUUCCAAUCUUACAUCACAGUGUAUUUUACCGAAGUUUUGACGGCAAUUUUUUCAUUGCCACAUCAAGAAUUCCUGUCAAAUUGGUGUUCAUCUGAACUUUCAGUACGGGAAGAAGAUGCUACCCUCGAGUUUGACUCAUUUGCAGCUGCAGGAUCUGUUGUGGAUCUAACAUCAUUGUUAGACUCGUUAAAUAUGGCUUCGGUAGGAUCAACUUUUGCUCCCAAUAGUAUACCCGGGUCUUCAUAUGCACAUCAGAGGGCAUCAUUAUUGGUGAAAGUGAUAGCCAAUCUCCACUGUUAUGUUCCAGGAAUAUGUCAAGAGAAGGAGGAUGUUUUCCUUAACAAGUUUCUUGAGUGCCUGAGAAGAGAACUGCCUAAGUUACCAAUUUCCGAAUCUGAAAAAGCUGGCAUUGUCACUAAGAACCUACGAUCUUUGUUGAGUCAUGCAGAAUCAUUAGUUCCUUCCUUUUUGAAUCAGGAAGAUGUACAUCUCUUAAGAAUGUUUCUAUUACGCAUAGAAUCACUAAAAACUCCUGCAGGACAAGAAGCAAAUGGAACUCAGGAGGCUCAAAGUAUUGGAGGAGGCUCAGAAGCCCUUCUUCAUGAAGUUGGAAUGGGGUUCAAUUAUAGAAAUAAUUUAGAGGCCUUGCCAGGGAAUUCAGCUCCCAUGAAAGGUGGGGAACUAGCUUCUCUCGGCGAAAUGGAGAUGGGGGGGCUCAAUUGUAGAAGUGGUGACGUAGAAGGCAUGUCAGAGAAUUCAGCUCCCCUUAAAGAUGAACAACUUCCUUCCAGGAGGUAUACUGUAGGUCAGUCUGGUGAUUUGACACCACAAGCAAACAGGGAAGACAAAGAUGAAUUGCAUGUGAUUGUAGCAGCAGCAGCAGCAAGUUCAAGGGGAAAUCACAAUAAAGAUGUUCAAAAUGCUGAAACAAGUGGGUCUGAUUCGAGCUCUACUAGAGGAAAGGACCCUACAGAUCAAAUAAGCAACAAUGAUCAUGCAAAUUCAAGGGUCCAUAAUAAAGACACUAGAUCUGAAGUUCCAGACGAUGAAAGAACUGAAAUAGUUAAUAAGCCCCCAGAAAAGCAUCAAAGGAAACGGAAAAGAACAAUUAUGAAUGAUAAACAGAUUGCUCUAAUUGAGAAUGCACUCUUGGAUGAACCUAACAUGCUUCGAAAUGCUUCAUUGAUACAAUCUUGGGCUGACGAACUCAGACUACAUGGUCCUGAGGUUACAACUGCUCAGCUUAAGAACUGGUUGAAUAAUAGGAAAGCAAGAUUAGCCCGAGCAGCAAAAGAUGUUCACACACCACAGGAAGCCAAUAAUAAUAUUGCUUCUCACGAUAAACAAACGGGGUCGGGAGUCAUUCCCCAGUACGAUUCAUCCGAUAGUCCUACAGAUGAUGUCAGCAUCGCGUUUGCAGGAAGAGGAAAUAAUCAGGGGGGCAGUACAGUAGGAGAGAUGCCGGUGAUGAAGAAGAGUAAAUUUGAGACAGCAGCACGGUCAGAGGUUUCUAAUGUGGGACCGGCAGCAUUACUAGCUAAUAGCGAGCUAGGACAAUUUGUAUUACUUGUAGAUGAAGGGGGUGAAGAAAUCGGAAGGGGGAAAGUAUAUCAGGUGCAAGGAAAAUGGUGCGGGCAAACCCUGGACGAGUCUGAUAUGUGUGUAGUGGAUGUUAUUGAGCUGCUAAAGGGUGACAAAAAUAAAAGGCUCCCCUUUCCUUGUGAAGUGACUGGCAAUUCAUUUGAGGAAGCUGAGAAGAAACUUGGCAUGAUCAGAGUCCUCUGGGAUUCAAACAAACUUUUCAUAAUCUCUCAGUAACAGGCAAUUCAUUAUUCACAAAUCCAAAUCACCUCUUCACAGGAAGCAGCGGGAGAGAGCUCUACAAGGUGCAUAACUAACUACAACUACCAGUCAAUCUCAAUCAGAAACAGCGGUUAUUUCGAGACAAUGGAAGGAUUAGUUGAAGAAUCAAUCUUGUAUAUGGAAGGCUCUUUUCUUAAUCAUUUCCCAUUUGUUUAUAUUUGCUUUUGAUAUUUUCCUACACACUCUUUUCUACCAUUAAUUACUUUGGUUACUGACCACCACCUCACUUGGUUUAGUCAUUUCUUACCAAAAGGGGUUUCAUUUAGAAAUAUCUGUCAGACUUUUCAUUCAAAUGUUGAUCUAGUUAGAUGGGAUCCAUUUUUGAACUUAGUGUGACAUUCAAAUUAUUGAUAGUUUCUCUAUUAGAUUCAGAAAUUUAAGUGUUUUCAAA